AUGACGUCCCUUCGUGCAUCAUUGCGCUCUGUUCAACGAGCAAUUGCAGACCCUGUUCCUCCGGUUUCCCCAAUUCUUGUGACUCAUCUGCCAGCAGCCCAAAACAAUCGGUCCGCCUCGAAUCAAAAUUAUCUCCGUGCCCCCACCAUCCCCCACCACCCAACCCUCCCCCGCCGCUCUCGUUUCUUUUCUUCAGCCUGCCGUCGUUCCUCCCAAAUCGCCACAAUGCCUAAGGACAAGGGUUCAUCCUUCAACCUCAAGACCCCUAAGGGCACCAAAGACUGGUGCGGCUCCGACGCCCUCCUCCGAGACCGCAUCUUUUCGACCAUCGCCGACGUUUUCAAACGCCACGGCGGCACUGCCCUCGAUACCCCCGUCUUUGAGCUCCGUGAGAUCCUUGCUGGCAAGUAUGGCGAGGACUCUAAGCUCAUUUACGACCUGCAAGACCAGGGUGGUGAGAUCUGCUCGCUGCGUUAUGACUUGACCGUUCCCUUUGCGCGUUGGCUUGCCAUGAACGCCGACGUUCGCAGCAUCAAGCGCUACCACAUUGCCAAGGUGUACCGUCGUGACCAGCCUGCUGUCAGCAAGGGCCGCAUGCGUGAGUUCUACCAGUGUGACUUCGAUAUCGCCGGUACCUUCGACCCAAUGGUGCCCGACGCCGAGGUCAUGCGCAUUGUCAGCGAGGUGUUCGACGAACUGGGCUGGGGUGGCCGCUAUACAAUUAAGAUCAACCACCGCAAGAUCCUGGAUGGCGUGUUCCAGGUCUGUGGUGUACCGGAGAACUUGAUUCGCCCCAUUUCUAGCGCUGUUGAUAAACUCGACAAGAUGUCUUGGGCAGAUGUGCGCAAGGAAAUGGUUACCGACAAGGGCCUGGAUGGUGCCGCGGCUGAUAUGAUCGAGACCUAUGUGAUGAACAAGGGUGGCCGUGAGUUGCUCACCAAGUUGAAGGCGGAUGAGCGGCUCAUGGCCAACGAGUCGGCCAAGGCUGGUCUGGAAGACAUGUCAUUGCUGAUGGACUAUCUCGAGGCUUUUGAUGUGCUGGGUAAGGUCUCUUUCGAUAUGUCUCUGGCUCGUGGUCUGGACUACUAUACUGGCGUGAUCUACGAGGUCGUCACCGAGGGCUCUGCCCCCGCUGUGCAGUCUGACUCGCCCGAGGCUCAGAAGCUGCAGAAGUCUGGCAAGAAAGAUAAGAAGAUCUCGGAGGAUGACGACCGAUCAAACGACCCCACCCUUGGUGUUGGCAGUGUCGCUGCCGGUGGCCGUUAUGACAACCUGGUGGGCAUGUUCCUGCCCAAGGCUCAGAUUCCUUGCGUCGGUAUCUCGUUCGGUGUUGACCGUAUUUUCUCUAUCACAAAGGCGCGCCUCGAGCGUGACCAGAACCUCAAGGGUCUCCGUAGCAGUGAGGUUGACGUCCUUGUUAUGGCUUUCGGUGGCAAGGGUUUUACCGGUAUGCUCAAGGAGCGCAUGGAGAUCUGCCAGAAGUUGUGGAGUGCAGGCAUUAAGACUGAGUUCUCUUACAAGACGAAGCCCAAGCCCAUGCAGCAAUUCAAGGCUGCCGAGGACGGUGGCAUUCCCUUCGGUGUCAUCAUCGGCGAAGAGGAGCUUGCCAAUGGCAAAGUUAGGAUCAAGGAGAUGGGCCUCGACAAAGACCACCCCGAGAAGGAAGGUGUUGAGGUCGACCUGGCCAACCUUAUCCCGGAGCUCAAGGCCCGUCUAGAGCGGAAACAUGGCGGUUCUGUCGUCACCCUGGCACAGCAGCUGCAGGGUGUGCAAGUUUAG